AUAAUCAACUUUAUGUAAAGAAAAAACUUGAAAUUUAUAAAAAAAAAUCAUCAUUCAUCUAAAAUCAACAAAAAUCACACUGGAGUCGACGUCUCAGCGUCACAAUGUGUGUACUGAACAUGUUUUCAAUAGAUUUAAAGUUUGUAUUUAAAGUACUAUUGAAACAGAAUUUUCAAAUACCAAAAUGGAUACUGUGGUUAACGGUGCUGCUCAAUACGCCAUUCGCUUGUAUGGCCGGAUAUCAUGAAAAACGUUUAUUGCAUGAUCUGCUAGACAGCUAUAAUACCUUAGAACGACCAGUGGUUAACGAAUCAGAUCCACUUCAAUUAAGCUUUGGCUUAACACUAAUGCAAAUUAUAGACGUGGACGAAAAAAAUCAAUUGCUCAUCACAAACAUUUGGUUAAAACUGGAAUGGAACGACAUGAAUUUGCGAUGGAACACGUCCGAGUACGGGAAUGUCAAAGAUUUGAGGAUACCGCCACACCGGAUAUGGAAGCCAGAUGUACUGAUGUACAACAGUGCUGACGAAGGUUUCGACGGUACAUACCCUACUAACGUUGUGGUUCGCAAUAAUGGUUCAUGUCUUUACGUGCCACCUGGCAUAUUUAAAUCAACGUGUAAAAUAGACAUUACAUGGUUUCCGUUUGAUGAUCAACGAUGCGAAAUGAAAUUCGGUAGCUGGACUUAUGACGGCUUUCAGCUCGACCUACAAUUACAAGACGAAGCUGGAGGUGAUAUUAGUAGUUUUGUAACGAACGGUGAAUGGGAUUUAUUGGGAGUUCCUGGUAAACGUAACGAAAUUUAUUACAAUUGUUGUCCUGAACCGUACAUAGAUAUCACAUUUGCGAUUGUUAUUAGGCGUCGUACACUUUAUUAUUUCUUCAAUUUAAUUGUACCAUGCGUUUUAAUUGCUUCCAUGGCGCUACUAGGAUUUACAUUACCACCAGAUUCUGGUGAAAAGUUAUCAUUAGGUGUGACAAUUUUAUUGUCUUUAACUGUGUUUCUAAAUAUGGUUGCUGAAACAAUGCCAGCUACAUCAGAUGCUGUGCCACUUCUAGGUACUUAUUUUAAUUGUAUAAUGUUUAUGGUUGCGUCAUCAGUUGUAUCAACUAUCUUAAUAUUAAAUUAUCAUCAUAGAAAUGCUGAUACACACGAAAUGGCCGAUUGGGUCCGUGUUGUAUUUUUAUACUGGCUACCAUGCAUUUUACGUAUGAGUAGGCCAGCUAGACUAAAAGAAGGCGAAUUUCCGCCAACACCGAUGUCAGACACGUCGGAUCGUAAAUCCCAAUUACAGGAUGUGGAACUUAAGGAACGAUCAUCGAAGUCAUUGUUAGCGAAUGUGCUGGACAUUGAUGAUGAUUUCCGUCACAAUUGUCGUCCCCUGACUCCGGGAGGCACACUGCCACACAAUCCAACAUAUUACCGAACAAUGUAUAGACAUACCGAUGAUGGCAGCAUUGGACCUUUGGCUGGUUCAAGGAUGCCAGAUGCUGUUCAACCUCACACGUGUAUCUCGUCUUCGGCAGAUUACGAAUUGGCAUUAAUUUUAAAAGAAAUAAGGUUUAUAACGGAUAUGAUGCGUCAAGAAGAUGAAGAUAGUGAAGUAGCAAAGGAUUGGAAAUUUGCAGCAAUGGUCGUUGAUAGGUUGUGCCUUAUUAUUUUCACCUUAUUCACAAUAAUAACAACUGUAGGGAUACUAACAUCAGCACCACACAUUAUUGUUUCGUAGCCAUAUGAAAAUGGUUAUUGUUAUUGGUUUUAUCAUAAAAUCAAUUUGUUGGCUAUUAAAUUUAUAUCAAAAAUUUUUAAGUAAAAAAUUCAUUAUUAUCAUUAUAUGAU